AUGAACCCUCCAACAAACCAACAACUCCUCACCACUAGCAAUGCAGCAUCGUUGCCUCCAACUCAGAGAGAUUUCACAUGUGCUUUCAUCAACUCAAAGGAGCUUUCGCCGCCCAUGCGGACCGUCGCAGUUGUCCAGAAGAAGCGCAGUCUAGCCCUGAGGAAGAUUGUGGGAGGCAGAGAGCAAUUGGUAUCUUAUCCUGCGUCGUUGAUGGGGUGCAAGUGGCCCAGUGGCCACAGCCUGGCCUCAAGUAUCAGCUUCUCAUCGGAUAGUGAUGACAGCGACGAUGAUGAUGAGGAUGACGACGACGAACAAGAAUUCAAUGGUACCAGUACAUUGGUGGCAGUCCAAGCUGAACCAUCUGCAACACACCUCCGUAGAGGAUCCCAAGGCCAUUACGUGGACAGCAAACCAUUCAUUCCAAGGCGCCAAGUUAGUGUACCCAAGCUUGACUGUGACUUUUCCAAGGAUGCUGUUGAUGAGGUGACACAAGCUUGCGAAGAUACCAGCCCUCAGUCUGAUGCUUCCAAGCAGCAGCACCCCAAGGAAGAGAAGCCUUGUCUUUCUGAUCUACUAAAGCUACCAUUUCCUGUUGAAAAUACCGCCCAGAUUGUUGAUGUCAAUGAGCUAGCGCAGCAAGCCGUUCGAUUCCAGUCCAUUGUCGAGGUGGGCGAUCACCGACAUGGAGUUAGGAAACACAAGAAUUGCUUUGCGGGGUCCGAUGCAGUGGACCAAAUGCUGGAAGCUGGUUUGGCAUCGUCCCGUUCAGAAGCCAUUGCGUUGGGGAAAGCACUCAUGAAGAACUUUGCUCUGUUCCGCCAUGUAACUGGCGGUCACAAUUUCAAGGAUAGAGACAACUUGUUCUAUCGUUUCUGGGAUCAACAGGACAACAAAACAGAGGGCCUCCCAUUGGUUCCUCUGCGUCGAACGGAAACUAUUGACGAGACAGAACCACUUGGAAGAUGA